AUGGUAGGCCGAGGCUCCUCCAUCUCUUCUUUGCCUCGAGAGGCUUCGCCCGCCGCGCAGAGCAGCAGAAGGGGCACCUUCCGCGGAACUAGCAGCUCCAGCAACAGAAGCAGCAACAGCAGCAGCAACACAUGCGGUGACGACGGGCCAAAGUCCAUGGGAGGCGCACCAAAGGGGGCUAGGCUCUUGCCGGGGAGCCCCCGUAGGGGUCCUCCCCGAGGGUGUCGAGCUGGGGCCCCCCUGAAGCCGCUGAACCCCCUGCAGCUGCGUAGAGCGAACAGCAGCAGCAACAGCAACAGCAGCAAGACGAGCAGCAGCAGCAGCCUAGCGGCGCUGAACACCGCUGCAGACCUCUCAAGUGAGUCCACAGAGCCGCCCCAAGAGCCGCAGCAAGAGCAGCCACUCCAGCAGCAGCAUCAGCAACGGAAGACUCGGUUGCUGCCACCCGCAUCGCCAGCAGGCAAUAUCAGGGGGGCUUCCAGAGGCAAAGAGCCUCGCCCCAACAGCACUUCCCCCCAAAUGGAUGUAGAUGGCGAGGGGGGUGACCCGAGGGCCCCUGUUGGGACUUCACCAAUUAGAAGCGUUUCAACUCAGCGAAGGACAAAACAGCAAAGAGGGUCAAGCGGUGCUGCUCUGCCCUCCCCCGGAGGCUCUACAGCAGCAGCACGGCGGCCAAGUAGCCGCCGAAGGAAGACUCCGCAGAGCAACAGGGCCUCUAACGCAGCAGCAGCAACGGAACAGCAGCAGCAGCAAGAGGAGCAGCAGCAGCAACAGCAACAGCGGCAGGUGAAGACACCCAACAGCAGACGACGAGCGACGACCCCUGUGCGACAGGGCCCUGAAAAGGCGGAUUGCGCGGACUGCCCCACCAGCAGCAGCAAGAGGAGCAGCAGCAGCAGUAUGAUUAGCAGCAGCAGCAGCAGCAGUAGCGACUCGGAAUACGAUGAAGACAACCACAAAGGGACCCAACGCCCUUCCCGACCGAAGGCCCUGAGCCCAUUACUAUCUCGGACUUCCACAGAGAGCCUUGCGCUGCUGCAGCAGCAGCAGCAGCCUUUGGGAUCCCCCCUUUCAACAGGAGCAGCAGCUACCAAUAGCAGCAGCAGCAACACUGCAGUGCUGGUCAGGGGGGCCCUUAUUGCCCCACUCACACCCGCAGGGUCACCUUUAAGAGAAGGCUUAGGGCCUCGUCGCAAAGCUGCCUCUUUGCUGCAGCUGGCUGAAGCAUCGCCCAUAGCGACGCAGCAGCCCCUGCAACAGCAGCAGCAGCAGGGGAGUGAAGGCCCUGAAGGUGGUGCUGCUUGUUUGCCGCCUGCUGCUGCAGCAACUCCGGCAGCUGCAGCAGCAGAUAACGAUGAUGACCUCAUUUUGGUGCAACAUGGACAGGCCGCCAAGGAGGAGGCAGAGGCGGCCCCCAAAGAGCCCUCCACCGUGACUGACGAGCUGCUGCAGGAUGCCGUGGCAGUCCUGCGCGUUGCUGCUGCAGCAGGAGCAGCAGGAGCAGCAGAUACUGAUGACGAUUCUUGCUGCAUGACAGUCACAAGAGAGCCAAUUCUCAUCGGCGGCCCCCACUGGAAGGGUUCCUUCCCUCCUAAUUGCUCGCAAUGUGGGUGCCCCCGAGAGGCCCUCGUGUCCGCAGAAGAAGAUCCUGGAGGCCCCCCUGGUGCAUUCCGGUUGCUUCUGACAUUUUGCGACACACAGCCAAAAGAGAGCCAGUAUUUGUCUCACCUCAGCUUCAUCAACCUCUCAAAAUCACCCAGUAGCGCACCACACAGUUGCGGUCUCCUCCUCCAAGCCCACUUUAUAUCGCAGCAGCAGCAGCAGCAGAAACGGGAGAAACGGCAGCAAGAGGAGCAACAACAAAAGAAGCAAAAACACGAGCUGCAGGAGGACUUUCAGAAUGCGAGAUUGAAGCCACAGCAGGAGCGGCAGCAGCAGGAGCAGGUGCAGCCAAGUGGUGGCGCUGUGGUGUCCCUGCUGCGGUCAUUCAUAAAGCCGUUUGUUCGCGCUUCAAUUGAGCAGCAGCAGCCGAAGCCCGAAAAGCAGCAUCGGCAGAAGGAGGAGGAGCAGCAACAAGAGCAAGAGCAGCAGAAGCAGACGGAUAAGCAGCAAGCAAAGCAGCAGCAGCAACUGCAAGACGAAGCAGAGGAUGUUGACAAAGAUAUUUGGUUUGACGCCCAAGCAUCUCAGCAGCCGAGUGGCGGCGUCUCGUCCACAGAACUGCAGCAACCAGAGCCCGGUAACAGUAGCAGCAGCUGCAGCAGCACCGGCAGCAGCAUGGAGACAGAGCCAGCAGAUGUCACGUCUGAAGGCAAGCAAGUGCUGCUUCAACUCAUUGAAGUGAAGGAGUGCCAAAGGCCCCAGAAGUCACAAGACGUCACCAGCCCCGGCAGCCCCCUGCUGCGACCCCUUGAUCUUCGGGGCGGCGUUGAGGGCCCCCGCAGCCCACUGUCAUUGCUACGACGGCGCCCCCAAGGAGUCCUGAGCCAGCCCCUCUCCCUCAGGGCCUCUCAAGGGCCUCCCCUUUCCCCGCUGCGGCACUCACAAACUGCUGCAGGGCAGUUGCUGCUGUCUGCAAGCCAGGAGGCCUUCACGCACGGCGGCUCGGAGGAGAGGGGCCCGCUUGUGUCCAGUCGUGGGACCAUCGGCGGCCCCCGUGGAGCCGGCAGCCUCGUCGAGGGUUCGCCUGUCCGUCUGCAGCCACUGGGGCCUCUUGAGGGAAGAAGGGGCCCCUCAAAAGGGCCCAUGAGGACUCCUGCAGCAGCGCCAGAGUUCGAGCUUGAAGUCGCUGCGGAGGCAGUGGUAUCUUGGAAUGCGGGCAUAUCUGAAGUUCAAAAGCUCAUUCGCGAGUUCUUAAACAGAAGAUUUGGUGAGGGCCAUGGGGCCCAGUUUGAGCUGCUGCCGGCGCCGCGGCCUGCAGGAGGAGACGGAGGCCCUUCUGGGCUGCGCUGGGGCGCGUCCCAGAGCACUCUAAGUGCACAUUGGGUCUUCGAGCUGCCAGCUGUUGAGGGGCCUUCAGUGCCCCUCGCCGCUGACUUUGUGCGUUUGGGGGCCUCUCUGGGGCCUGGGACCCCCGAAAACGAUUCCCAAAAUUGUGACGGCGGUGGACUGUUGCGCAGCGCCCUCGCUGCAUACUUUAAGGUGAAGGGCGCCCAGCCUAGAGCUGCGUUUUCUGCUGCCCCGCUGCCUCUCGCUGCCGCAAGCGCUGCAACUGCAGUAGAAGCCCGUGCUGCUGCUGCUGCUUCGGCAGCACCUGCCGCUGCCACUGCUGCAGUUUCUGUCGAAAUAGAUCCGCACGUGUCAGAAGCCUUCGAAACCCUAAGGAGGCCCAGCGAAGUAUUCGAAGUCUCAGACGACGAGGAAUCCUUACCUGAUGAUGGCAGCCCACCACUGCGUCCGUCAGUGGUCCCAGGAGCCGUAGACGCUCCACUUGGGGGCCUCCCAGGGGCCACAGGGGCCCCAAAGGCUUCCCUUAAGGGACCGCCCCACGCGGCUUCAGUCGCUCCAGAGGCUGUUAUUCAGGAAGUGCCUCGAGGGGCCCCAGGGGCCCCAGAGGUACUCCCAGAGAGUGUCCCACAAGCUGCCCCUGGUUCUUCGCGGGCCCCAUCAGCUCCCCUUGAAGGGCCGCUCCAGACGGCGCCAGCGGCCGCGGGAAGCCCUUGUGAGGGUCCUCAAGGUGUUUCUGAUUUGGAAGAGAAUCAAAGCAGUUUGCCAGAAACUGAAGAACCGGCUCAGUCAGAGUCAAAGCCCCCGGGGCAGCAGCAGGAAAGGGUCAGUUCACAAGGGAGAUCAGCAGCAACUGAGGCGGCAACAGCAGCAGAAAAGGCAGCAGCAGCUUCGGAUUCAGCUGGGGACCCUGCGUCGGAAGCAGCGGCAGCCUCGGAACCGGCAGCAGCUGCAGCAAGAGCAGCAGCUUCGGCGGACGGGGAGCAAAGCGUCAGCCUAGAUGAAGACAAUUUGCACAGCACACCGAAGCGGCUGUUGAACAGUUUAUCUUGA